GGUCCUUCUGGGCCUCGUUCGCUUGGCGGUGUAGUGGAAGCGGUUUCUGCACAGCCUGGACAGGGUCUGGUGACCUUUGAGGAGGUGGCCGUGCAUUUCUCGGAGGAGGAGUGGGCUCUGCUGGGUCCAGGCCAGAGGACUCUGCACAAAGAAGUCAUGGAGGAGAAUCGUGAGAUCCUGGCCUCUCUGGGUAAGAACUUACAUCAAAGAAUUCACACUAGGGAGGAGCCCCAUAAAUGGUUAGAAUGCGGGAAGACCUUUGCUCACAGAAGUAGCCUUAAGCUGCAUCAAGCGAUUCACACUGGGGAGAAGCCCUAUAAAUGUUUAGAGUGUGGGAAGAGCUUUGCUCAAAGCAAGCACCUUAAUUGGCAUCAACGAAUUCACACUGGGGAGAAGCCCUAUAAAUGUUUAGAGUGUGGGAAGAGCUUUGCUCACAUCAUGCACCUUAAGCAGCAUCAACGAAUUCACACUGGGGAGAAGCCCUAUAAAUGCUUAGAGUGUGGGAAGACAUUUGCUCAGAGCAUGCACCUUAAGCAGCAUCAAGGAAUUCACACUGAGGAGAAGCCCUAUAAAUGCUUAGAGUGCGGAAAGACCUUUGCUUGGAACACAAACCUUAAGCGGCAUCAAGGAAUUCACACUGGGGAGAAGCCCUAUAAAUGCUUAGAGUGUGGGAAGACCUUUGCUCAGAGCAUGCACCUUAAGCAGCAUCAAGGAAUUCACACUGAGGAGAAGCCCUAUAAAUGCUUAGAGUGCGGAAAGACCUUUGCUUGGAACACAAACCUUAAGCGGCAUCAAGGAAUUCACACUGGGGAGAAGCCCUAUAAAUGCUUAGAAUGCGGGAAGAGCUUUGCUCACAGCAGUAGCGUUAAGCGGCAUCAAGGAAUUCACACUGGGGAGAAGCCCUAUAAAUGCUUAGAGUGCGGGAAGACCUUUGCUCACAUCAUGCACCUUAAGCAGCAUCAACGAAUUCACACUGGGGAGAAGCCCUAUAAAUGCUUAGAGUGUGGGAAGACCUUUGCUCAGAGCAUGCACCUUAAGCAGCAUCAAAGAAUUCACACUGGGGAGAAGCCCUAUAAAUGCUUAGAAUGUGGGAAGACCUUUGCUCAGAACUCACAUCUUAAGUUACAUCAAAGAAUUCACACUGGGGAGAAGCCCUAUAAAUGCUUAGAAUGUGGGAAGAGCUUUUCUUCUAGAGGCAACCUUAAGCUUCAUCAAGGAAUUCACACUGGGGAGAAGCCCUAUAAAUGCUUAGAAUGUGGGAAGACCUUUGCUCAGAACUCACAUCUUAAGUUACAUCAAAGAAUUCACACUGGGGAGAAGCCCUAUAAAUGCUUAGAAUGUGGGAAGAGCUUUUCUUCUAGAGGCAACCUUAAGCUUCAUCAAGGAAUUCACACUGGGGAGAAGCCCUAUAAAUGCUUAGAAUGUGGGAAGACCUUUGCUCAGAACUCACAUCUUAAGUUACAUCAAAGAAUUCACACUGGGGAGAAGCCCUAUAAAUGCUUAGAGUGUGGGAAGACCUUUGCUUGGAACACAAACCUUAAGCAGCAUCAAGGAAUUCACACUGGGGAGAAGCCCUAUAAAUGCUUAGAAUGCGGGAAGAGCUUUGCUCACAGCAGUAGCCUUAAGCUGCAUCAAGGAAUUCACACUGGGGAGAAGCCCUAUAAAUGCUUAGAAUGCGGGAAGAGCUUUGUUCUGAGCUCAUACCUUAAACUGCAUCAAAGAAUUCACACUGGGGAGAAGCCCUAUAAAUGCUUAGAGUGUGGGAAGAACUUUGCUCAGAGCAUGCACCUUAAGCAGCAUCAACGAAUUCACACUGAGGAGAAGCCCUAUAAAUGCUUAGAGUGCGGAAAGACCUUUGCUUGGAACACAAACCUUAAGCGGCAUCAAAGAAUUCACACUGGGGAGAAGCCCUAUAAAUGCUUAGAAUGUGGGAAGAGCUUUUCUUCUAGAGGCAACCUUAAGCUUCAUCAAGGAAUGCACACUGGGGAGAAGCCCUAUAAAUGCUUAGAAUGUGGGAAGACCUUUGCUCAGAACUCACAUCUUAAGUUACAUCAAAGAAUUCACACUGGGGAGAAGCCCUAUAAAUGCUUAGAGUGUGGGAAGACCUUUGCUCAGAGCAUGCACCUUAAGCAGCAUCAAGGAAUUCACACUGGGGAAAAGCCCUAUAAAUGCUUAGAGUGCGGAAAGACCUUUGCUUGGAACAUAAACCUUAAGCAGCAUCAAGGAAUUCACACUGGGGAGAAGCCUUAUAAAUGCUUAGAAUGCGGGAAGACCUUUGCUCGCAGCAUCAGCCUUAAGCUGCAUCAAGGAAUUCACACUGGGGAGAAGCCCUAUAAAUGCUUAGAAUGCGGGAAGAGCUUUGUUCUGAGCUCAUACCUUAAGCUGCAUCAAAGAAUUCACACUGGGGAGAAGCCCUAUAAAUGCUUAGAGUGCGGAAAGACCUUUGCUCAGAGCAGCAGCCUUAAGCUGCAUCAAAGAAUUCACACUGGGGAGAAGCCCUAUAAAUGCUUAGAGUGCGGAAAGACCUUUGCUCAGAGCAGCAACCUUAAACUGCAUCAAAGAAUUCACACUGGGGGAAGCCCUAUAAGAAUUCACACUGAGGAGAAGCCCUAUAAAUGCUUAGAGUGCGGAAAGACCUUUGCUUGGAACACAAACCUUAAGCGGCAUCAAGGAAUUCACACU